GCCGGCCGUGCGCAGUCCCGGGGAAUUGUUCUGCGCUGCACUUUCCGGUUCCAAGCUGUUCGCUUUCUGCUGUUAGAAGCGCUUCCCCAGCCGCCGGACGUCUUUUUGAAACCUGGAUGUGACGUAUUGAAGAAGCCGACGGAAAUAGAAUUGAAAGCGUUCUAAAAUGGCGAACCGUACGGUCAAGGAUGCGCACAGCAUCCAUGGCACCAACCCUCAGUAUCUGGUGGAGAAGAUCAUUCGGACGCGAAUCUAUGAAUCAAAGUACUGGAAAGAAGAGUGCUUUGGACUUACGGCUGAACUUGUAGUCGACAAAGCCAUGGAGUUAAGGUUUGUGGGUGGUGUCUAUGGUGGAAACAUAAAGCCAACUCCUUUCCUCUGUUUAACCUUGAAGAUGCUUCAGAUUCAACCUGAGAAAGAUAUCAUUGUUGAGUUCAUAAAAAAUGAAGAUUUCAAGUAUGUCCGGAUGUUGGGGGCACUUUACAUGAGGCUGACAGGAACUGCAAUUGAUUGCUACAAAUACUUGGAGCCUUUAUACAAUGACUAUCGAAAAAUCAAAAGCCAGAACCGAAAUGGGGAGUUUGAACUGAUGCACGUGGAUGAGUUCAUCGAUGAACUUCUGCACAGUGAGAGAGUCUGUGAUAUCAUUUUACCCCGGCUACAGAAACGCUAUGUACUGGAGGAAGCUGAGCAACUGGAGCCUCGAGUGAGUGCUCUAGAAGAGGACAUGGAUGACGUAGAGUCCAGUGAAGAGGAGGAAGAGGAAGAUGAGAAGCUGGAAAGAGUACCAUCACCUGAUCACCGACGAAGAAGCUACCGAGACUUGGACAAGCCACGGCGCUCUCCUGCACUGCGCUACAGGAGGAGUCGGAGUCGGUCUCCCAGGAGGCGAAGUAGAUCCCCCAAAAGGAGAAGCCCUUCUCCCCGCCGAGAAAGACAUAGGAGCAAGAGUCCACGACGCCAUCGAAGCAGGUCCCGAGACAGACGACACAGAUCCCGCUCUAAAUCCCCAGGUCAUCACCGUAGUCACAGACAUAGGAGUCACUCAAAGUCUCCUGAAAGGUCUAAGAAAAGCCACAAGAAGAGCCGGAGAGGAAAUGAGUAAUGGAUUCAUUUUGAUUUUAGUCCAGAUGGCUUCCUGUGAAUAUGAGAAUAUCUGUUAAAGGGAAAUAUUCAAGAUCAGGCAGCUAUGAGUAUUGGGGUUUUUAAAAAUCAAGUUCUUGUUUUGUUUUUAUUUUAACAUUAUAGAGGUGCUAGGUUUUGUAUCUCUGAAUUAUAAUUAACAUCUUUGAAGGGUGUCUUUGACCAAAUCAAGGUCAGGUUUUGACCUAACCAAUUAUGGUAUUCAUACUUACCAAGGUUAGAGAUGACCUGGGAGUUGGGGAGAUUCAGGACAAUGAAGAGAUGUAGUUCACGGGCGACUCUUUUCUUAUUUGUAAUUAAACCUGACGCAGUUGUCAUUUAUCUCUAGUUUCUCUAUGAAACCCUAGAAUGCAGUGGUUUAUGCUGCUGCGACCCAGCUAGUGAAGCACUUCUCACUGACUACAGACAGCAGCAGUAACAGUAAACACACAGUUACUAGUUAGCGGUUUUGUAAGAACAGAAUACAUUCAAACAUGAAAGUUUUUCUGUAUUUUUUUUAAUUCAGUUUCAUUAAACAAUUCAACAUGAUUGCAAUUAACAUCCUUUAUACAAGCCAGGUAUGGUGGUUCACACCUGUAAUCUCAACACAGGCUGAAGCAGAAUAUUGUGUAGUUUUCACCUAGGUUGCUUUUAGAGGGUAUAAAGUGAGAGGGUUGUGAUGGUAAUGAAAAUGACACAUUCUGUUUAAGACAGCUGCAGUAUUUCUACAUGGAUAGAAAGAGGGACUAGUAGGGUUCAGCGUGAUGGUCUAGGCCAGAACUGACCAUUGUCAAAGACGUUUAGAUGCCCAGGGAGUAUCAGUAGAUUUAAGAACAGUAGCAGCACCACAGGCAAUGCCAACACUUGUGACUAGUAAUACAGGUCACCUAGUAAAUACUGGAAUGAGCCAUUCACAAAGGUAGAAUCAGUAGAUCAAGGACACUGAAGGGUCUGAAGAUAUAUAAGCAAAAUAAAAGCUUUACUAAGUCCAUAGGCUUAAUACUGAUAUUAGAGAGUAUUAUUGUAUUAGCUAAAACAAUUCCUUCUGCCUGUACUUACCUUCCUCCUUUAAGAGGGUAGAAAUGACUGACUUCUUGUCACUAUAAGCCUAGGAAGAACUGUAAAGACCAGCUGCCUUAUAGGAUCCAGCUUCUCAGGAAGUCAUAGCUGGUCCUAGGAUAAACAUUUCUAUUGUUUGCUGUUGAUUGGGGAACUUUUGUAGCAAUAUUAAAGCAGUUUUUAUCAAUUUGCACUUUCAUAUUCUUUGCUGAUUCCUCUAACCAUGAUACCUAAAUUAAUAAGAGAAUUAAUAAAGUUGUAAGACCUAUUAUAGCUUAUAGCUACAAUUAUAUUUUGUGGCUUUUAAAAUUACAUAUAUCUCCACUCAGGUUUGGUAGAGAUUCCUAGUUAUUUCUUAUUGAGGUGAUUUAGGUGGAAAAAGAUCCCUCUGGCGAAAUAAUCCAUGGGCCAAACAAGCACCAUCAGUUUAAAAGUUUUAAUAUUAAGGUAAAUUUAAGUAAUAAACUUACAACAGAAAGACCCAACAAUAUUUUAAGAGAAACCUUUCCAAAAGUAUAUGUUAGAUAUGAUAGAAUCUGGAUCCAUGGGCAGCAAAAAGCAUACCAUUCCUGCUACUUAAUUAGAACAAAGGAAAUAAAAAUAAGGGUGAGUAGGAUAUGUUGAAUAUUGAAGACCAUUCUGACAAACCACAGAAUUACAGAGAUGACAUUUGAAGGAUAGAUGUGUCACCUGUUUUACCUAUUAUUACAUGAGGCCUUUGAAUGGUAGCUUUGAAAUUCUUAGGUCACAACAUAGUCCUAGAAAUAUGCUUUACAUCUCAGCUGUAAACAUGCGUAUAUUCUUUGUGCUGAAACAGGCUUUAAGAAAAAAUAUGCAGGCCAUGUGGUGGUGGCACACGCCUUUAAUCCUAGAAUUCAGGAGGCAGAAACAGGCAGAUCUCUAAAUUCAAGGACAGCCUGGUCUACAUAGAAUGAGUUCCAGGACAGCCAGAGCUAGACAAAGAAACCCUUUCUCAGGAAAACCAAAACCAAACAAAAACCCAAAUAAUGCAAAAUGUAUUCAUAUUAGUUUUACUAAGAUUUUUUUUUUUAAAAAAAGAUUCGUGUGUAUGUGCAUGUCUCUUAGUGCAGAGGUAAUACAUGUACAGGUGCUGAUAGGGGCCAGAAAAAGGUGUUGGAUCACUUGAAGCUGGCGAUUUCAUUUGUGAGUAACCUGACAUGGGAGCUGGGGUCCAAACCCUACUCCUCAUGACUGGGCUCAAAUGCUUUUAACCAGGAGCCAUUGUUCCAGUUCCUAUAGUUAAGAUUUUUAAACCACUAUGUGGAUUUCACUUUCCACAAUUUGAAAUCCAUUUCCUUAAAAGCUUACAUAGAACACAAGGACUUUAACAUAAAUAAAUUAAGCAAGAUGUGUUUUCCGAGGGAAGAGUGGCAGAUUUGUAUUAGAACAACCCAGUGUAGCCUCAUUAACCUCUUUCUGUUACUGCUCAGUAGUGUGAUAUGAGUCUUAAACAAAGACCAGAGAAUUGCACCCUGGGUCAUAUGAGGUUAAGAAGUCACUCCAACUCCUUGGCUCUUCACAUGCAACCAGCAUAUAAUAUACAAUAUUAAUGGUAAAGGAAAAAAGGUUUUGUUCAUUUCUUUUUAUAUUAAGCAUACUGACUUCUAAGAGAAACAUGAAGCUAGAAAAAUGAAAGUUGCCACUCGGGAGGCAGAGGCAGGCGGAUCUCUGAGUUCGAGACCAGCCUGGUCUACAAGAGCUAGUUCCAGGACAGGCUCCAAAACCACAGAGAAACCCUGUCUCGAAAAAAACAAAAGAAAAGAAAAGAAAAAAAGGAAAGUCGCAUCUUCUGUGUUUUAUAUAACUGCCCUUAGUCUUGAGAGCAAUCUUGUAUGGAAAACAGUUGUCAUUUCAGUUUCCUAGCCGCCUUCUAAGUCUAGUGAAAUUAGUUUCCUGGAGAUAAGCAUGGGUUCCAUGGCUGUGUUUAAGACGGCACAUAAGCACACUUUAUAAAAGCAUUGUGCAUAUGCACUUAUGAUAGUUCACUAGAAUGAUUGAAGUUCACCAGAUAAUAGAAUUCUUAACUGACAGAUUUUACUGCUUUACAUUUGUCUGUGCACACACAAGUAAUAUGUGAUACCCUGUUUUCUUCAUCAAGAAAGGCAAGUCAUCUUACUAGCCCUAAACUUUAACACCCUUUCUUUCAGUAAACACAUCACAUUAUCAUUUACAAGGAAAAGUGAGUUAGGAGCUUAAUGUUUUAUCUGGGAAUCAUUUUUAUGGAAGGCACUGCUUCCUGCAGAGACUGAGUUCACUUCCUAGCAUCUAAUCGAGUAGCUCACAACCACCUAUAACUCGGGUGAUUAAACACCCUCUUUUAGACUCAGGCACCUGUACUCCCAAGAUGAAAAUUUUUAAACAACUUUCAUCCUUUUACUCUACUAGAGUAAAUCUACAAACAAACAGCAUUAUUUUCCCAUUACUAUACAUGCACUUUAUUUACAGGAAAAAACAGCAAAAUUGUCUACAGGGCCUCACUAUUACAGCAGCCUUGGCUGGCCUGGAACUGGGUGUAUAGACAGGGCUGGCUAUGACAGACCUACCUGCCCAUGUCUUCCAAGUGCUGGGUUGAAAGGUGUGCGCCACCACAUGCAGCUAAUAGUGUGAUUUUUAAUAAUCUUAUUUAUUUUUGGUUUUUCAAGUCAGAGUUUCUCUGUGUAACAGUCCUGGCUGUCCUGAAACUUGCUUUGUACAGACUGGCCCCAAACUCACAGAGAUCUGCCUGCUUUUGCCUCCCAAGUGCUGGGACUAAAGGCGGGCACCACUAUUGCCCAUCCAAUUUUUAGUUUUUAUUUUAUUUAUGUAUUUAUUUGGACAGGAUUUCUUUGUGUAACAGCCCUAGCUGCCCUAGAACUAGCUCUUGUAGACAAGGCUGGCCUUGAACUCAGAGAUCUGUCUGCCUCUGCCUCCCGAGUGCUGGGAUUAACGACUUGUGCCACCUGGCCCAUCCAAGUUUUAAUAAUCUUAAUGGGCCAAGGUAAAACCACCUUCAUGUCAAAUGACAUACGAAUUCUAUCAAAAAAUAUCAUUUUAAGAGUGUGCAUAGGACUGAUCAUUUUUUUAACUAUUAACUGUUUUUUUCAGACAAAACUGAGCUAUUGUAUAAAUUAUAUUCUGUUCCUCAGUGUAGAACAGUUUUGCAAACUGAAGGAAGGGCAGAUAUGCACAGAAUUAGUGAAUGGAACACUGUCAGAGUAGUAAGGUCUGGGUUAAUAAUACUCUGCCUUCAGGAAAGGGGGGCUGAGCUAGCAUGCUGCCGUGUUGGAAUUUUUAAAAGGGUUUGUUUGGUUUUUGUUUUCAGUGAAAAGAAUAUCAUCCUCUUAAUCUCUUGGUGAAAUAUUUCAAUGCUUAAAAUACCAUAUUUAAUUAUUUUUAUUAUUUAAACAGUCUUUUGUAGCUCAGGCUGGCCUGGAGCUCUAGGUAGUAGAGGAUGACCUUGAUUUCUUGCCAAUUGUUUGAGAGAGGCUCACUAUAUAACCCUGACUAGCCGGGAACUUGCUGUGUAGAUCAGGCUGGCUUCAAACUCAAGAUCUGCCUGCUUCUGCCUCUCGAGCAUUAGGAUUAAAGUUGUACACCAUCAAGCCUGACAGGCCGUGAAUUUCUUAAUCCUCCUGCCUCCACCUAGAGAAUGAUGGGAUUGCAGGAUGCUCCAAGUUGUUUUUAACACAAAGUACAGGGAGAUCAGUAUAUUAUUAACAAAAGAGUUGACACCACUUUAAGAUAAUGAGUCUGUAAUGUAAAAAAAAACAAAACAAAAAAACAAAACCAUUAAAUAUACCUGUCCUUAACUUGGGGCUGUAAAUAUGGCAGGGAUAUCCUCAACCACCUGCAUUUAAGGAAUAUUCCAAGUGUCUUUCAAGUGGAAAAUAAAGCAAAAGCCCAAUCUCUUAUUUAAGUAAUAACACGCCUGAGGAAGCAGAACAAAAAUAACACACUAUCCUUAAAAUUAGACUUAGUUUUUGCAAACAUCUUUAGUUUUAUUUGUCAAAUCUAAUUUAGGGACUAGGAAAAAAAAUAACUCACUGUAAAAGGAAUAGGUAAAAAAUAUGCCACUGAAUUUCAAUAUUCCACACAUUUUAUAAAAACAUUUUGCUUGAUGAGUAACUUCAUGGCCUAUAAUGAUGGGGCUGAAAAUUCGUACUGCAGGUGUUAUAAUCUCAGAACUACCUAUAUACUACACACAGGUUUAUAGUGAAGCUGGUCUAGCAAACCUAUUAUACUGCCAGUUAUAGAAAGGUACAGCACCCACACUUUCGUAUAGUUCAUAAAGUGUACGUUUGUGUAGUUAAAAGCGUUUCUAUUACUUUAAGGGUGUGAUAUAUUCUGCUGGUAGCCACCUCACACGUCUCAUGUUUGUGUGCCUGCUAAUUGCAACAAGACGCCAAAUAAACUGAUUGACCGUAUCUAAGUUUAAGCAAACUCUGAUGUUUGAACAAUGAUGACAUCACCACAUCAUGUAUUUCUGAGAAUACAUCCCAGCAGCUACAAGACUAAUGACUGAUGACCAGUAUUGAUAAAAAGUAACAAUCCUGGCAAGUGUCUGUCCUGGACUCUGAAUGGACAGUCUGGCACAUACUAUUUUAUUUCUUCACCAAAAAAAAAAAAAAAAAAAAUCCUCUCCUUUUAAAAGAUUGGCCGCA